UCUGAGGACUUAAACUGGGGAGAGAAAGUGCAUGGUUGUGUGUUUUUUUUAAAAAAAGACACAGAGGCUUACAAUCAGUUGUUUCUCCUAAAAUAAGACAUACCCAUAAAAUAAGCCAUAGCAGGAUUUCUAAGCAUUUGCGCAAUAUAAGCCAUACCCCAAAAAUAAGACAUAGUGAUAGGCGCAGUUCUGGAGGGCCCCAAGGAAGAGGCAAGGCUGGACACGUAAUAAUAAAUAAGACAUCCCCUAAAAAUAAGCCAAUGUGGGUUUUUUUUUAAGGAAUAAUAAAUAUAAGACAGUGUCUUAUUUUCGGAGAAACACGGUAAAGUCUAGGUUAAAAGGGGAACAACUGCCCUUACUUAAAAUGGCCGCCAUAGCCUCGCAUGUGACACAACGGUCACUAAAUUAUAAAGCGAAAAACCCUCACUGUGCCCCCAAGUGCGUGUUAGGAGAAAUUAUGAACAACUGCCUAAUGCUGUCAGGCGUUUAUUAAUGCAGCCGCCGGGACAGGUUUUGGUUGGGCUUGGGGUGGAAUGGCUGUUUUAGUGGCUGUUGGACAGUUGCCCCCCCCACCCUACGUCAGCCCAUGACCUAUUUGGGCUCCUCCUCCCACCCAGGGCUCCUUUCGGGAUAGUAUUUAAAGGGUUAUAGAGCUGAGGCCUAGUCCGUAAAAUGGAGCCUAGGCCUAGUCUUUAGGCUGUAAAGUAGAAGCGAGCCCUUGGCUUGGGCUAGUAUUUAAAUGUGACCCGAGGCCUCCGCCCUGCAUCUCCAUUCCUUGGCCCUGGCCUGACUCUGUGGGUUGUCUGGUAAUAGACCCCCUUCAGAUCCCCCUGAGCCUCAGAGUCCCCCUGUUUUACAGGAUAUUGUGGCGGAGGCGGGGUUUGUGGGUGUGGUGCAUUGUUGUGGCUAAUCCCUGUGAUUGGCCCCACGUGUCCCGAUCCAUGAUCUAUUCUGUCCCCCCCCCCCCGUGACCAGCGUAUCUCAUGACGUUUUGAAGGAUGGUAUUUAUUGGGGGGGGGUAUUGCUGCUAAAUUGUAAAGUAAAAACCCCUUGCCGUGCCCCCAAGUGCGUUGCUGUCGGUUAUCCCCCCCCCUCGGGCCUAGUGGGGGCCUACAUAAACAGAGGCCGUGCUGCGGCCUGUGAUAAUGGCUGCCUUGCUGAUUUCAUUUGCUUGGUUGAUGAUGAUGUCAUUUGGUUUGUGGGUGUGGCUUAUAUUUCACAGGAAGGGAGGGGGUGGAGGAGGGUAUUACGCCACUUGAGGGCGCUGUUUGAGUUGGUGGGAAAGCAGGUCUGUACCUGCGCAGCUGUGCGAUUUGAGGGAUUUUUGCCCCCAACAACGCUCUGGGAGUGGCCUGGAUCGUUGUGUCAAAAUUUCAGGACGAUCGGUCAAGCGGUUACGGAGAAAAGUGUCAAACGCAGUUUCACGAUUUUUACAUUUAUAUAUAUAGAUUGUUAUUGUUAUUUAUUUAUUGAACCCCUCCCCAAACAUAAAUACAUACUCUAUCCACCUGUGGAUUUAUAGUCAGUGGUACGUCCAGCCCAAUCUGCAUCAGUAUACCCAAACUUUUCAGGAUUACUAACAGCUGGCAACCUCCAUUUACAAUUCAUUGUGCCCUUCAAAUACCGUACCCCCCCUUUUCACACCCGCACAGUCCUGUUCAGUGGGGGCAUUUACCUUCCCACUAAGAAUUCCCACAGCAUUAGCUAAAACAGGUCUACAAGUGGUAACAAGAUACAAAAGUCUACCAAUUGCUGACCUGUAUUCUAUGUUGUCAGGCAAUGGUUUCAAAUCCUGCUGAUUCCUUAAGAAGUCAGUAGCCAUGGGCGUUGGAACUGGGUGUGCAUCUUGCAUUUGCAAAUUCUGGAUAAGGUCAUGAAUCUUUUGCCGUUGAUUUAGAAGAAAUGACCCAUCUUCUUCUCUUUCAACUUGGAUUCUGAGGUAGUUCUGGAUCUUUCCCAGUUCCUUGACCUCAACCUCUUUGCUUAGGUGUUUCACAGCCUGUACAUAGUGUCUGUCAUUUGCUGUGGCAAGAAUCAAGUCCUCAACAAACGCUAAAACGUAUGAAAAAUGGUCCAUCACUUGACUUGCUGUGCAGGCACUUGUCGGCAUGGCCUUGCUUGUACCCAAGCUGCAUCAGCAUUUUGUGCAGUUUCUGAUUCCAGGCCCUAGCAGUCUGCUUAAGUCUAUAAAGUCCCAUUUGCAGUUGGCUCACUAAAGGUCCCUCAUGUGGUUUAAUAAAACCUUAAGGUUGCUUCUGAAAUUUGACCAUGAAGAAAGGCAAUUGCAAUGUCAAUGUACCUAAUUUCCAUUUGCUUGGCGGCUGCAAUGCUCAAAGGCAUUCUUAUGCUGCUGUACCUCACAGCCAUACCUCAUAAUCUUUGCCAUAGCGUUGAGAAAAGCCUUGCGCUGCACUUAUUCUUUUGCCCCUUUCUUAAUCUUAAACAGCCACUUACUUUGUAUGGCCUUCUUACCGGGAGGUAGGUCAGUAAGGGUCCAUGUCUUAUUUUGAUGCAGUGCAUCCAUCUCUUGUGCGGCCUUCCUCCAGAGAGAGGCUUCUGCAGUUUGCAUCUCCUCCCAUGUAGAAGGUUCUUGAGGUGACGGCGACCCUGUGAAGUAGGAGAGUCAUACGGGUGGGACACCUCUGUUGGUUCUGGAUGAGCAUCUAACCUGUGGUUCCAGGACUGCAUCAGCUUCCUCAUCCUCCUCCAGUGCUGGCAUGUCUCCAUACGGAUCCUCCUCUUCAUCUCUGGUACCGCUAGGAGUCUGGUCCUCUGCCUCCUCUCCUUUUGCAUCGCCUGUGGAGGGGGCUGUGACCUUGGAAGACAGCUCUGGACGUGAAAACAAAUCGGAUUUCCUCCCCACUUCGCCCUCCAAACCAGACAAUGAAGAAGGCAGUCAGAAUUCUGUGGGGCCAUGUUCAAUGUGAAUAACGAAGAAGCCAUUUAAAUACAUGGAGUGUGGAAAGAGAAAGGAGAAACAAUUUGAAAGUAUGGAGUGUGGGAAGAGCUUCAGUCACAGUGGAACAUUUAGAAUUCAUCAACGGAGUCACAUAGGAGAGAAACCAUUUAAAUGCAUAGAUUGUGGAAAGAGCUUCAGUCAGAGUGGACACCUUAGAAACCAUCAACGGAUUCACACAGGAGAGAAACCAUAUAAAUGUAUGGAGUGUGGAAAGAGCUUCAGACAGAGUGGAGACCUGAAUUCACAUCAUCGAACUCACACAGGACAGAAACCAUUUAAAUGCAUAGAGUGUGGAAAGAGCUUCAGAAAGAGUGGACACCUUAGAAACCAUCAACAGAUUCACACAGGAGAGAAACCAUUUAAAUGCAUAGAGUGUGGAAAGAGCUUCAGUCAGAGUGGACACCUUAGAAUUCAUCAACGGACUCACACAGGAGAGAAACCAUUUAAAUGCAUGGAGUGUGGAAAGAGCUUCAGUCAGACUGGACAACUUAGAAUUCAUCAACGGACUCACACAGGAGAGAAACCAUUUAAAUGUAUGGAGUGUGGAAAGAGCUUCAGUCACAGUGGAACACUUAGAAUUCAUCAACGGAGUCACAUAGGAGAGAAACCAUUUAAAUGCAUAGAGUGUGGAAAGAGCUUCAGUGACAGUGGAAACCUUAGAAUUCAUCAACGGAGUCACAUAGGAGAGAAACUAUUUAAAUGCAUGGAGUGUGGAAAGAGCUUCAGACAGACUGGACAACUUAGAAUUCAUCAACGGACUCACACAGGAGAGAAACCAUUUAAAUGCAUGGAGUGUGGAAAGAGCUUCAGUCACAGUGGAACACUUAGAAUUCAUCAACGGAGUCACAUAGGAGAGAAACCAUUUAAAUGCAUAGAGUGUGGAAAGAGCUUCAGUGACAGUGGAAACCUUAGAAUUCAUCAACGGAGUCACACGGGGGAGAAACCAUUUAAAUGUAUGGAGUGUGGAAAGAGCUUCAGUCAGAGUGGAGGCCUUAGAAACCAUCAACGGAUUCACACAGGAGAGAAACCAUUUAAAUGCAUGGAGUGUGGAAAGAGCUUCAGUCACAGUGGAACACUUAGAAUUCAUCAACGGAGUCACAUAGGAGAGAAACCAUUUAAAUGUAUGGAGUGUGGAAAGAGCUUCAGUCAGACUGGAAAACUUAGAAUUCAUCAACGCACUCACACAGGAGAGAAACCAUUUAAAUGUAUGGAGUGUGGAAAGAACUUCAGUCAGAGUGGAGACCUGAAUUCACAUCAUCGAAAUCACACAGGAGAGAAACCAUUUAAAUGCAUAGAGUGUGGAAAGAGCUUCAGUCAGAGUGGACACCUUAGAAUUCAUCAACGGACUCACACAGGAGAGAAACCAUAUAAAUGCAUGGAGUGUGGAAAGAGCUUCAGUCAGCGUGUACACCUUAGAAUUCAUCAACGGACACACACCGGAGAGAAACCAUUUAAAUGCAUGGAGUGUGGAAAGAGCUUCAGUCACAGUGGAACACUUAGAAUUCAUCAACGGAGUCACAUAGGAGAGAAACAAUUUAAAUGUAUAGAGUGUGGAAAGAGCUUCAGUGACAGUGGAGCACUUAGAAUUCAUCAACGGAUUCACACAGGAGAGAAACCAUUUAAAUGCAUAGAGUGUGGAAAGAGCUUCAGUCAGAGUGGAGACCUUAGAAAGCAUCAACGGAUUCACACAGGAGAGAAACCAUUUAAAUGUAUGGAGUGUGGAAAGAGCUUCAGUCACAGUGGGUGCCUUAGAAUGCAUAAACGGAUUCACACAGGAGAGAAACCAUUUAAAUGCAUGGAGUGUGGAAAGAGCUUCACUAUUAGUGGACACCUUAGAACACAUCAACGGACUCAUAUGGGGGAGAAGCCAUUUAAAUGCAUGGUGUGUGGAAAGAGCUUCAGUCACAGUGGAACACUUAGAAUUCAUCAACGGAUUCACACAGGAGAGAAACCAUUUAAAUGCAUAGUGUGUGGAAAGAGUUUCAGUCGGAGUGAACACCUUAGAAACCAUCAACGGAUUCACUCAGGAGAGAAACCGUUUAAAUGCAUGGAGUGUGGAAAGAGCUUCAUUCAGAGUGGACACCUUAGAAACCAUCAACGGAUUCACACAGGAGAGAAACCAUUUAAAUGCAUGGAGUGUGGAAAGAGCUUCAGUCGGAAUGGAGACCUUAGAAACCAUCAACGGAUUCACACAGGAGAGAAACCAUUUAAAUGCAUGGAGUGUGGAAGGAGCUUCAGUCGGAGUGGACACCUUAGAAACCAUCAACAGAUUCACUCAGGAGAGAAACCAUUUAAAUGCAUGGAGUGUGGAAAGAGCUUCAGUCAGAGUGGAAACCUUAGAAAGCAUCAACAGAUUCACUCAGGAGAGAAACCAUUUAAAUGCAUGGAGCGUGGAAAGAGCUUCAGACAGAGUGGAAACCUUAGAAACCAUCAACAGACCCACACUGGGGAAAAACCAUUUAAAUGCAUGGAGUGCGGAAAGAGCUUCACUAGCUUCAGUCACAGUGGAACAUUUAGAAUUCAUCAACGGAGUCACAUAGGAGAGAAACCAUUUAAAUGCAUAGAUUGUGGAAAGAGCUUCAGUCAGAGUGGACACCUUAGAAACCAUCAACGGAUUCACACAGGAGAGAAACCAUAUAAAUGUAUGGAGUGUGGAAAGAGCUUCAGACAGAGUGGAGACCUGAAUUCACAUCAUCGAACUCACACAGGACAGAAACCAUUUAAAUGCAUAGAGUGUGGAAAGAGCUUCAGAAAGAGUGGACACCUUAGAAACCAUCAACAGAUUCACACAGGAGAGAAACCAUUUAAAUGCAUAGAGUGUGGAAAGAGCUUCAGUCAGAGUGGACACCUUAGAAUUCAUCAACGGACUCACACAGGAGAGAAACCAUUUAAAUGCAUGGAGUGUGGAAAGAGCUUCAGUCAGACUGGACAACUUAGAAUUCAUCAACGGACUCACACAGGAGAGAAACCAUUUAAAUGUAUGGAGUGUGGAAAGAGCUUCAGUCACAGUGGAACACUUAGAAUUCAUCAACGGAGUCACAUAGGAGAGAAACCAUUUAAAUGCAUAGAGUGUGGAAAGAGCUUCAGUGACAGUGGAAACCUUAGAAUUCAUCAACGGAGUCACAUAGGAGAGAAACUAUUUAAAUGCAUGGAGUGUGGAAAGAGCUUCAGUGACAGUGGAACACUUAGAAUUCAUCAACGGAGUCACAUAGGAGAGAAACCAUUUAAAUGCAUAGAGUGUGGAAAGAGCUUCAGUCACAGUGGAACACUUAGAAUUCAUCAACGGAGUCACAUAGGAGAGAAACCAUUUAAAUGCAUGGAGUGUGGAAAGAGCUUCAGUCAGACUGGAAAACUUAGAAUUCAUCAACGCACUCACACAGGAGAGAAACCAUUUAAAUGUAUGGAGUGUGGAAAGAACUUCAGUCAGAGUGGAGACCUGAAUUCACAUCAUCGAAAUCACACAGGAGAGAAACCAUUUAAAUGCAUAGAGUGUGGAAAGAGCUUCAGUCAGAGUGGACACCUUAGAAUUCAUCAACGGACUCACACAGGAGAGAAACCAUUUAAAUGCAUGGAGUGUGGAAAGAGCUUCAGUCAGAGUGGACACCUUAGAAUUCAUCAACGGACACACACAGGAGAGAAACCAUUUAAAUGCAUGGAGUGUGGAAAGAGCUUCAGUCACAGUGGAACACUUAGAAUUCAUCAACGGAGUCACAUAGGAGAGAAACAAUUUAAAUGUAUAGAGUGUGGAAAGAGCUUCACUAUUAGUGGACACCUUAAAACACAUCAACGGACUCACAUGGGGGAGAAGCCAUUUAAAUGCAUGGUGUGUGGAAAGAGCUUCAGUCACAGUGGAACACUUAGAAUUCAUCAACGGAUUCACACGGGAGAGAAACCAUUUAAAUGCAUAGUGUGUGGAAAGAGUUUCAGUCGGAGUGAACACCUUAGAAACCAUCAACGGAUUCACUCAGGAGAGAAACCGUUUAAAUGCAUGGAGUGUGGAAAGACCUUCAUUCAGAGUGGACACCUUAGAAACCAUCAACGGAUUCACACAGGAGAGAAACCAUUUAAAUGCAUGGAGUGUGGAAAGAGCUUCAGUCAGACUGGAAAACUUAGAAUUCAUCAACGCACUCACACAGGAGAGAAACCAUUUAAAUGUAUGGAGUGUGGAAAGAACUUCAGUCAGAGUGGAGACCUGAAUUCACAUCAUCGAAAUCACACAGGAGAGAAACCAUUUAAAUGCAUAGAGUGUGGAAAGAGCUUCAGUCAGAGUGGACACCUUAGAAUUCAUCAACGGACUCACACAGGAGAGAAACCAUUUAAAUGCAUGGAGUGUGGAAAGAGCUUCAGUCAGAGUGUACACCUUAGAAUUCAUCAACGGACUCACACAGGAGAGAAACCAUUUAAAUGCAUGGAGUGUGGAAAGAGCUUCAGUCACAGUGGAACACUUAGAAUUCAUCAACGGAGUCACAUAGGAGAGAAACAAUUUAAAUGUAUAGAGUGUGGAAAGAGCUUCAGUGACAGUGGAGCACUUAGAAUUUAUCAACGGAUUCACACAGGAGAGAAACCAUUUAAAUGCAUAGAGUGUGGAAAGAGCUUCAGUCAGAGUGGAGACCUUUGAAAGCAUCAACGGAUUCACACAGGAGAGAAACCAUUUAAAUGUAUGGAGUGUGGAAAGAGCUUCAGUCACAGUGGGUGCCUUAGAAUGCAUAAACGGAUUCACACAGGAGAGAAACCAUUUAAAUGCAUGGAGUGUGGAAAGAGCUUCACUAUUAGUGGACACCUUAGAACACAUCAACGGACUCACAUGGGGGAGAAGCCAUUUAAAUGCAUGGUGUGUGGAAAGAGCUUCAGUCACAGUGGAACACUUAGAAUUCAUCAACGGAUUCACACGGGAGAGAAACCAUUUAAAUGCAUAGUGUGUGGAAAGAGUUUCAGUCGGAGUGAACACCUUAGAAACCAUCAACGGAUUCACUCAGGAGAGAAACCGUUUAAAUGCAUGGAGUGUGGAAAGAGCUUCAUUCAGAGUGGACACCUUAGAAACCAUCAACGGAUUCACACAGGAGAGAAACCAUUUAAAUGCAUGGAGUGUGGAAGGAGCUUCAGUCGGAGUGGACACCUUAGAAACCAUCAACAGAUUCACUCAGGAGAGAAACCAUUUAAAUGCAUGGAGUGUGGAAAGAGCUUCAGUCAGAGUGGAAACCUUAGAAAGCAUCAACAGAUUCACUCAGGAGAGAAACCAUUUAAAUGCAUGGAGCGUGGAAAGAGCUUCAGACAGAGUGGAAACCUUAGAAACCAUCAACAGACCCACACUGGGGAAAAACCAUUUAAAUGCAUGGAGUGCGGAAAGAGCUUCACUGUCAGUGGAAAGCUUAGAAUUCAUCAACAAACUCAUACAGGGGAGAAGCCAUAUAAGUGCUAG